CUCAAACUCGCGGAGGAGUUCUCUCUUACAAACAGUGCAAUACAAUAGAUUCUCGGCCUCAAUCUCCAUCACUGAUAGUCAGUGAUUAAGCUUCCGUGUAUUGCUUAUUUCAAGUCUUAAUUUUCUUUUAUUUUUGUUUAGGGUGCUGUUUCAGUGAUGCCAAAUUGUCUUAACUAGUUCAUGAGCGCCUUCAAUGGCCACUAAGCUUUUAUCUUUAACAUUUUCAAACAAAAUCCCCAAACAGGUUAAUUUAACUGCCUGUAUAUCCUCACUUUCUUGUGCUAAUGCCCUGCAAGUUACUGAUUAUGAAGCAAAGAUUCAAUCUUUGAGGAAUCAGCCAUACCCGGAUAAUCUUAUCCGGGUUUAGGAUAGCACUGGCGACUUGAACUCUGCUGUGACGACAUUUAAAUGGGUAUCUCUCCAAAAAGGGUUUCAACACAACUGAUACUUAUGGUAAGAUAAUUUUGUAGUUUAGGAGAAUGAACAAGAAAGGGUGUAGUCCUAAUAGUAGAAGUUUUGAGAUAAUAAUUAUAAAAGGACUUAUUUUGAGCAAUCGAGUGGAUGAUUCGGUUAUCAUUUUAGGAGAGAUUUUAUGCUGGAUUUGAGCUGAAAUUAAGUUUCUAUACCUGUAUAAUACCACUGUUUUGUAGGGAAAAAAAAACUAGGGGAGGGAAUCCGACUGUUAAGGUUGAUGAGAGCUUCAAAUCUUUUGCCAGAUGGGUUGAUUUAUAGGGAGUUAAUUAGAUGCACGUGUGAGAUCCAUACGUUAGAUGAUGCGAAUUAUCUUCUUGAAGAGAUGAUGGAAAAUGGUAGAACACCUGCUGUUGAUGUGUUUGUUGAUCUAGUAGUAGGACUUUGUGCUAUGCUUGAAGGCUGUUGCAAUGCUGGUAAAGUUUUUUUGGCAAAAAGUAUCCUGGACAAAAUGGAUGAGAGAAACAUAGCUGAUUGUGAUUCUUGGAAUAUUCUAAUCAUAUGGCUUUCUGAGAAUAUGGAAAUAAGGAAAGCUGAUGAAAUCUUUGUAGAAUGUUUAUAUUUUCCAUAGUUCCUGACUCUGCGACAUACUCAGCUUUUGUUGUAGGCAACUGUCGGUUGAGAAAGUAUGAGGAUGCUCUGCAGGCAUUCCAUCGGGUUUGCAUCAAAAAUUGGGUUCUGGAUUCUAUAUCUUAUUAGGACUCAUGGGGAGCCUUUGCCAGGCAGGAAAAAUUUGGAGGCUGCUGAAGUAUUUCAUGUCAUGUCGAAGGACAGAUGCUCCCUCAGUCCUUCUUACAAUAUGCUGAUAGGUUGCAUGUGUAGCAUGGGACAAGUGGAUAAAGCAAUUAGGCUACGGGGUUUUUCUUACAGUUCUAAUACUUCUUAUACUACUUUAACUUACACGACAAUCAUGCAUGGAUUGUCAAAAUUAAAAAUGGCUAUAGGACUAAUGGUAAUUCUCUCACAAAUUUUGGUGGACAGUUGUGCUAUAGAUGUGGAAGUAUAUUGCAUCCUCAUACAAAGCAUGAGUGCACAAAAUUGAACUAAGGAUUCUGUUUUCUUUUUCAAUGUGCUGGUUAAUGAGGGUUUAGUGUCUGACCAAGAAACAAUGCAUACUCUUCUGUGUUGUUUGGCUAGCCAAUCUGACUUGCACAUGGUUUUAAGUGGGAUUGAUAAACUAGUUUCUAAUAGUGAUACUUUGGAUUCAUCUAUGUGUAACAUACUUAUCAAUGGCCUCUGGAAAGAGGGUCUAAAAUGUGAGGCAUCCUGAUUAUUGGAUCUGAUGUUGGAAAAAGGUUGGGUACCAGAUACUAUAACUCACGGACUGUUGGUUGGGUCUUUCUAUUCAAUGCAAGAAAUGAAACUGUAAUUAGAAAGUUUCUAAAUUACCCUGGUGGAAAACUUGCCAUGAUGGGAUGUGAGCUUCUUUGGGAUCUAAUGUAGCAGUUUUCGUUGAGUUGCAUGAGAAAUCAGUCUAUAAUGGCAUAUGAUUGUAAACAUGCCAGAUUAGUUGUUCUUUACCUAGCUAUCUUAUAAUCUGUGACAUGAUGCUACUGCAUUGUAAAUUCCAAAGGGAAACUUAUUGGUCGAAAUCUCUAUAAAUGUUGUGGAAUCAUUAGCUUUUUGGUCCACUGUAUUUUUUGUGUAGUACUUGUGCUUUGCUCUUUUCAUUAUUUCCUGUCAGUUUAAUUGUUAUUAUGGUGUAAUAUGCUCAAUACGCACUUGGGAAAUCUCCUUGUUCUGUUAAGUCAUACCUGGCAUACUAUCAAUGAAGUUAGUGCUAGGGUAUUUAAUUUGACUCAAGUCAAUUUCUGAAAAAUGAUCCUGUGGUACAUUACAUUUCUGCCCAUAUUUAGCGUCAAUUUUACCAGAUAUCAAGCAGUGCCCUAAUAAGUUUGAACUGGUUAUCAACUUGUCCAUCAGACUAUUUGGAUUCGUAGUUUUUGAGUAGAAUGAAGAGGGCAGAAAGAUUAUAAUCAGGAAAGGACUGAGGUCCGAGGAAAGACUGGAAUUGCAACCUGCAGGCUAGAGAUUGUUGCAUAUUUAGCAGCUGAAGUUCAUUCUUCAACAAUAUGAUUGUUGUUGAACUCUAUCCGACCGCAGUUGCUACAGAAGCAGUUUUCAUCAAGUUUUAGUCAUUGAUGUAAACUUUUACCGGUUACUUGGUUGAAGAGUGACAGUUGGUACAAGUUUUCUUCAGCUGAAAUUCUCACAGGGAAAUGGAAAUUGAAAUGAUUAAUUUAAGAUACAAAUUGCUGUAAAGUGACAAUAUAGUUAAUGACUAAUAAAAAAAGCUAUAAUUUAACUUGAUUGCUCCAAUGGGCAUAUAUAUGACUUAGCUUGUGUCUCCUAAUAUUAAUUCCUAGGUUUGUCCUCGAAUUUGAUAUACUGCCUAAUCUGUGUUAUAUUUUGAGGAAUUGUGUUUUCUGGGUUGCAGAUUUUCAAUGAAUAUUUAUGGGUAGUUUUGUUGAAUGAGCAGAGUUUAAGGAUGCAAGUGACAAGGAAAUUCUAGCGGACCUGUUGUUCCAGGCGACCUACAAAUAUAAUGUUAAUGUCUGGAGAUCGAGAUUUCUCCAAUGCUCUCUAUCAAUUGAGGAUGAGAAGAUACAACAUUUUGCUUGCUCAGCUACGAAAAGCCUUGGCUCUUCUCCUUGCAGUCACCAAGAUCAUAUGGCUCUGCACGAGUCUUGUGGCUGGGGACCCUUGUUUACGACUAAAAUCGGUAACAAAUUUCAGUCCCUAAUGAUAUGCCUUUUGCUCAUGUACAAGUUCCCUACCUCGUGUAUCCUAAUCAGAAAUUCAGUAACAGUGCUCUAGUUGAUAUGUUGGAAGAUGAAGAAACCUAUAAAUUAUCACCACCCUGGUACUAAUUAUAAUCCCAAGAGUUUUGUUAUGGGCCUUGCCUGGACAAAUUUGCUCAUUUCAACCUUGCUUAAAAUGGUUAUCGAAAUCAUUAUCCACCACAAUCUUUAAUGCCAAACAAUCGCCCUAAUUGUAAUCAACUCGUAGUUCUGUCCAAAAAGGUGAUGAAGUCACCAAAUUUGAUCCUAUUAGCAUGAAUCCGAAGCCUAGAUUUUUAAGUAAGUUGCAAAAUGGACAUAUAAAGCAUAGGAGGCUGUUGUUUUUGUCACUAGUAAACUCAAUUAACAUUUCUAGUAGUGUCAUAUGGGGAAUGCAAGGGUGUCCAAAACCUUCUUAUUAUGUCCAAAGUUGUAUAGGUGUAGUGUUCCUAGCAUUGAACUCCUUGAAAAGUAAGAUGAUAAUGGCAACUAAAGGUAAUAUAGUCGAUUGCAUUUCAUGUGGGGAGCAAAUGCAUCGGAAUAUUGUAAUUAAAAGGUCCUUGGAAAUUGAUAUUGAUCAGUAAUACAUGGUAGUGAAGCAAAACAUUGGAGCUAUGAACUUGUAUGUUGAGAAGAAUGAGAAACUUUGGAAAUGUGUGAACCCUAUUGUUGGUAAUCCUACACAAAUCUCGGAAAUGACAUGGGAAAGAAUUAAAAAGCUUAUGAUGUCUCCUGGAGGACAAUCUGCAAUAAUGGCUUCUCAAUGCAGGUAUGAAGUUGGUGCUACAUUGAAGAAUUUGUGCUUGACAGAGUUUACAUUAGGCGACAUACUUCAGAUCUUGAAUAUGGUAAUUACCAUAAAGAAAUGGAUUAUUCAUAAUCAAGCUGGAUGGCAGCCGUUUAUCAUUGCUGUUGCAGAGUGCAGUCCUGAAUUAGGCUCUACAUCUGGUUCACAAAGUUUCAAUCUUGCUAUCCAUGACUCAUUAUGUAGGUUUACUAAUGAUGAAAGUUGUUACACAUGAUGGCUCCUGUCUAGAUUUUCAAUUAGAAGUUUCAAGUGAAAAUUUGCUAGAUGUGUCAAAGAGUAUACAAUGCAAGGCUCUGAGGUACACGAAACUGAUCAUCUGCUCUGCAUCUUCCCGAUUCUAUCAACAAUUGCAAGGAUGAUCCUGCUGUUUCCACAUUUCGAUGAAACAUAUUUCUAUAGAAAAAUUUCCUGCCUCUCAUAUAAUUCGUGGUGCCAUGAGAACUCUAAAUGCAAGGCCUAAUUUAAAAGUGGCAUUUGAAGAUGCAAGAGUUUGGUUAGUUUGCAGAGAAGCAGAUGACACAAUUUACAGAAAUUUAUGAAAAAAACAUCCAAAUGUAAAUUAGAUAAACAUAGAAAAUGUUCUGGUGGAAGCUUCUCAUUCUCCUAUGAUCACAUCAUACUAUGACGAUAUCAAGAUGAGUCACGCAAAGGUUGCACAAUGCUGUAAAGUUCUUAUUUUUCCGUAUUCUCAGAAUAAAUAGAUUUAUAAAUUCAUCCCUCUACAGCAUCAGUAUAGCAGUUUGCCACUGUGUUUGCUGUACUUCUUUGAAAGCUGUAUGGUUCUCAGAGCUUGUGAAACCAUUAUUCCCUUGGCUAUAAUCCUUAUAUUGAAGUCUCCUGUAUGCAAACUUUGAUAGAAAGAUCAAGUGUUUCUUAUUUUUGCCCCCGUUUGGAUAGUGCUUCCACUUUUGCAUUGA